AUUUGUCAGUUUUUUUAUUUCCUUGCUCAUUUAUUUAAUUGUGUGUGGAUUUAGAUAUUUAUGUAUAUAUUUGUGUGAAUGUAUUUAAUUCUAAUUAUGGCAGGUUUGGUCCUCCAUUGUGCUUCUUGCCUGCAUAUUUCCCCUCCCUAACCAAGAUCCAGAACCCAGCUCUAGCUCACGGUUCCUGCUGGGCUCCAGUGCUAGUGUGCAUGUAGUAAUGGGCGCCUAUGUGUGAUAUCUGUAAAUUAUUUGUACAAUGUUCAUGUCAGUGGUUUAAAGUGAGAACUUGUUCUCAACUAGCCUACCUGGUUAAAUAAAGGUGGGGGGAAAAGUACUUAAGUAAAGAUACUUUAAAUUACUACUAAGUCUUUUUGGGGGGGUAUCUGUACUUCACUUUACAUUUUGGACUACUUUUACUUCACUGCAUUCCUAAAGAAAAUAAUGUACUUUUUACUCCAUACAUUUUGACUGAUACCCAAAAGUACUUGUUACAUUUUGAAUGUUUAGCAGGACAUGAAACUGGUUUAAUUGACACACCCUUAUUUUUUUAAAUAGGCAAGUUAAGAACAUUAAGAACAAAUUCGUAUUUUACAAUGACGGCCUAUGGCACCAUCCCCUAACCCGGACGACGCUGGGCCAAUUGUGCGCCGCCCUAUGGGAGAACAUCCCUGGUCAUCCCUACUGCAUCUGAUCUGGCGGACUCACUAAGCACAUGCUUCAUUUGUAAAUUAUAUCUUAGUGUUAGAGCGUGCCCCUGCCUAUCCAUAAAUUAAAAAUAAAAUGAGGCUGUCUGGUUUGCUUAAUAUAAUCCUUUUUAAAACAACUUAUACUUUUGAUACUUAAGUAUAUUUGAAAGCAGGUACUUUUAGACUUUUACUCAAGUAGUAUUUUACUGGUUUACUGAGUCAUUUUCUAUUAAGGUAUCUUUACUUUUACUCAAGUAUGACACUUAAGUCUUUUUUUCCACCACUGGUUCGUGUAAUGCAAUAAAAUAAUAAUGGACUUCUGUAACCGUAGCUAACAAGAUGUCAGCCCCCAAGAAUCGGCGUAUGCGACCGUGAGUAAAGUAUGUUGAUAACAACGGUCGGCCAUCUUGGAGGCUGUCUCUAAUUUUCUAUUUAUUUAUUACCUUUAUUUAACUAGGCGAGUCAGUUAGGAACACAUUCUUAUUUACAAUGACGGCCUACCAUAAGGCCUCCUGCAGGGACGGGGGCUGAGAUUUAAAAAAUAAUAAAAAUAGGACAAAACACACCACAGCACUACAUAAAGAGAGACCUAAGACAACAUGGUACAAACCUUAUUGGGCACAGACAACAGCAAGAAGGUAGAGACAACAAUACAUCACGUGAAGCAGCCACAACUGUCAGUGUCCAUGAUUGAGUCUUUGAAUGAAGAGAUAUGACUCUGAAUGGAGAUAAAACUGUCCAGUUUGAGUGUUUCUUGCAGCUCGUUCCAGUCACUAGCUGCAGCGAAUUGAAAAGAGGAACGAUCCAGGGAUGUGUGUGUUUUGGGGAUUAUAGUUCAAUGGUUGCAAAAUCCUACUGACUUCCAAUCGUAUUCGUCACAUCCGUCGAAUACAACAGGUGUAGUAGACUUUACAGUGAAAUGCUUACUUACAAGCCCUUAACCAACAAUGCCGUUUUAAGAAAAUACCUUUUAAAAUGUAAGAGAGAAACAGAUAAAGAUCAGCAGUAAAAUAACAAUAGCGGUGCUAUAUACAAGGGGUACCGGUUUCGAGGUAAUAUGUACAUGUAAGUAGAGUUGUUAAAGUGACUAUGCAUAGAUAAGAGAGUAGCAGCAGCGUAGAAUAGGGGGGCAAUGCAUAUAGUCUGGGUAGCCAUUUGAUUAGAUGUUCAGGAGUCUAAUGGCUUGGGGGUAGAAGCUGUUUAGAAGCCUCUUGGACCAAGACUUGGCGCUCCGGCACCGCUUGCAGUGCGAUAGCAGAGAGAACUAGGGUGACUAUGACUAGGGUGGCUGACAGCUCUGACAGCAAUUUCAACAUGGUACGGUUUUUUCUUCGAUUUCAAGCUGCUUUCAAACAACGACCUCUACUGGACACCAUACUUCAAUGUAGUUAGUUAGUAUUUUUUCAUCCAGGGUUUGUUACCUGAACAGUAGCUUAGCAGGUAGAGUUGGGGUCUUGGGGACCAGACUAGGUAUUUUGAGAAUCGUUGUGUGACACCACCCUUUCAGCACAUUGUUUAAACAAUUCGUUUUGAGUAAAGUAUACGAUUCUGUUUAAAGCAUCCUAAAUAAUGGCAUAUAUUCCGUUUUUGACAACAGAGGAAGCAUGAUGGAAGGGGCGAACCUUCAAUGGCAAUUGAUUGUGGGGGAGAUUUACUUAAUUUGGAAAAUAUAUAUCUAAAAUGUAUAUACAAAAGUAUGUGGACACCCCUUUCAAUUUAGUGUAUUCAGCUAUUUCAGCCACACCCGUUGUGUACAACUGUAUACAAUCAAACACAGCCAUGCAAUCUCCAUAGACAAAUAUUGGCAGUAGAAUGGCUAUACUGAGGAGCUCAGUGACUUUCAACGUGUCACAGUCAUAGGAUGCCACCUUUCCAACAAGUCAGUUUGUCAAAUUUAACCACCUGGCAGUCUGACGGACAAAUGCAUAGUACCAACUGUAAAGUUUGGUGGAUGAGUUAGGCCCCUUAACUCCAGUGAAGGGAAAUCUUAACGCGCCACCAUACAAUGACAUUCUAGAUGAUUCUGUGCUUCCAAUUUUGUGCCAACAGUUUGGGGAAGGCGCUUUCCCAUUUCAACAUGACAAUGCCCCCCUGCACAAAGCGAGUUCCAUAAAGAAAUGGUUUGUCGAGAUUGGUGUGGAAGAACUUGACUCUCCUGCACAGAGCCCUGACUUCAACCCCAUCAAACACCUUUGGGAUCAAUUGGAAUGUGACUGCGAUCCAAGCCUAAUCGCCCAACAGCAGUGCCCGACCUCACUAAUGCUCGUGGCUCAAUGGAAGCAAGUACCAGAAUCUAGUGGAAAGCCUUCCCAGAAGAGUGGAGGCUGUUGUCGCUGCAAAGGGAGGGACCAACUCCAAAUUAAUACCUAUUAUUUUGAAAUUAGAUAUUCGACGAGUAGGUGUCCACAUACACUACAUGACCAAAAGUAUCUCAACAUCAAAAUCUUCUUUUCAAUGCUGACUAGCAGAUGUCACUAAUGUGCAUUGUGUUAAAAACUCCGAGUAAUUAACCAUUUUCUGCACAAUUUGGUGAAAUGCCGCGUUGACAUGCUAGUCGGAACUAGGAAACUCGGACAUUUCUGACUCGCUAAUUGGAUGAACGCGCACGUGUAUAACUACAACCAAAUACCAAGUCGGAAGUUUCCUAUUUCGGACUAGCACGUGAAUGCUUCGGUUUCUCAUCACUAGUUUGAAGCCAAUAUUGCUACAGUUAACUCUCUCUCGCGCCUGGUUUAACUAGUUGACAAAUUGGCUAUUUUGUGCAAAGACUGAGGCAGUCGAAAUAAAAUCAUUCUCGUCACCCACUUCUUAGCUUCAAAAUCCCUCCAACUAACAAACUGGCACGUACACUUCCGCCACAGUUUUAUAAGUUCCGCAACCACACAUACGUCAGUAUUAUGCGCCACAGGCUUGUGCGAGAGCCCAAUAACUUUAAAUGGUAUCUGUAAUUCAAUUUAGAGACUAGUUUAGAUUACUAUUUAGAGAUUAGUAUUAUAAUCCAUACUAGGUACACCUUAAUAUGGGUGAGUGAUAUAACACAGACGAUAACUUUGACAAUACACAAUCGAAUGGUUCUCGCUAAGUAAUUUGGUCCAACCGUGGUGAUGAUGGACUCCGCUGAGAGGUUAUUCUCAGUACCACAGGGGCUACCUUCUGCUUGGGACACUGUAACUGCAGCUCUGGUGUCUCCAGUGUCCAAUGACGACACAAUGUCUGAUGGGUCUCUCUGUGAGGGGCUUAGCCUGUUGUGCUCAAACGGUCUGGGUCAGUUUCUGGAGGGAUGGCUCCUGGAGACCCUGCAGGUGCGUCUGACCACUGCAGUGGCCCCUGAGUUUUGGGCUGGACUGAAGCAGCCAGAGAAUGAACUUGGGGAGAAGGAUAGGACCAGGAUCCUACUCAUGGCCUUCCGUACCCUUUUGGGCAGACUGGAACCUUUCCUAGGAGGGUUGGAGAGGCUGGGUACCUGGCAGGAUGAGGGCCGGGGUGGUCUGUGUGGCCCUGGGGCCAGGGGUCUCCGGGAGAGGGCCUUCUCCGUCAUCAGGGCCAUUCUACUGUUCUCCCCCUCGGCUGUGCUCCAGAUGAGAAUACAGGAGUUCUACAGCAGGACCUUCUCUGUGCACAUUAAACAGAAGGGGGAGGCAGGGGAGGCUGAGGAAGGGGGCAGGGGGCCUGAUGGGGGUGUCUGUCAGGGCUGCACUGUCCCCACUCAGCAGUGCUGGUGUCAGGAGGCCCUGGAGCAGCUGCAAGAGCUCAGCCACAUACUGUCCAGGUUGCAGCUAUUGGAGCGGGUUAGUUCAGAGGCAGUGACGUCCAUCUUACACAAACUGAUUGAGCAGCGGAUGGAGCAGCACUGCAGGGGGGAGUACGAGAGCUCUUUUCUCUUCAGCUUUCAGGAGUGGCUAGAGCUGGUGUUAGGCUGGUUGAGCAGGGUGUUUGCCAGUGAAGAGGGUGGACUGGGUACGGUGCCCAAUAGCACAGGCAGCAGGGCUGGGGAGGUGGGCCAGCCAGCCAACUCCGUGCUGCAGCGCUGGAGGUGUCACAUGCACCAGUUCUUCUGUAGGAUCUACGUCAACAUGAGGAUCGAGGAGCUCUUCAGCAUCAUUAGAGAUUUCCCUGAGUCAAAGCCUGCCAUUGAGGACCUCAAGUUCUGUCUAGAGAGAACCAAUCAGAGGCAGCAGCUCCUCACCUCCCUUAAGACAGCCUUUGAGACCCGUCUGCUUCACCCAGGAGUCCAUACCUCUGACAUCAUCACUGUAUACAUCUCGGCCAUAAAGGCCCUACGGGAGCUGGACCCAUCUAUGGUCAUCCUGCAGGUUGCCUGCCAACCAAUCCGCAAGUACCUCAGGACACGGGAGGACACGGUACGUCAGAUAGUGGCCAGCCUUACUGGGGACGCGGACGGCUGCAGUGACCUGGCCAAUGAGCUGUCCCGUGCCAACCCUGUGACCCUGGAGACCCAGGACAGUGAGGACGAGGGCAGCGACCCAGAGGAAUGGACCCCAGACCCUAAGGAUGCUGUCACAGACAAGACGGGCUCCAAGCGGCGUUCGUCUGACAUCAUCAGUCUUCUGGUCAGCAUAUACGGCAGUAAAGAGAUCUUCAUAGAUGAGUACAGAACUGUCCUGGCAGACCGACUUCUCCACCAGUUCAACUACAAUACAGCCAGGGAGAUACGUAACGUGGAGUUACUCAAGCUGCGAUUCGGAGAGUCCCACAUGCACUACUGUGAGGUGAUGCUGAAGGACGUGGCUGACUCACGGAGGAUCAACACCAACAUCCGUGAAGAGGAGUCCAGGCUAGGUGAGGAGGAGCAGCCCCCCAUGGCCCUGACUGCCAUGAUCCUGUCCUCUGAGUUCUGGCCCACGCUGAAGGAGGAGAAGAUGGAGCUCCCGCUCCUGGCCUCCCAGGCCAUGGAGGCCUACACACACCGCUAUGAGAAACUCAAGGCGAUGAGGACACUGAGCUGGAAGCCUCAUCUGGGCUCAGUGACACUGGAUGUGGAGCUGGAGGACAGGACUCUGACUAACCUGACUGUGUCCCCCAUCCACGCUGCCAUCAUCCUGCACUUCCAGGACAAAAGCUCGUGGACUCUGGAGGAGCUGAGUGGGGUCCUGGGGGUGCCGCAGGAGAUGGUGAGAAGGAAGCUGGCUCUGUGGCAGCAGCAGGGGGUCCUGAAGGAGGAGGCUGGGGGCCACUACUCUAUCCUGGAGACCGGCUCGUCCCGGGAGAAACCUGAGAGAGGGGAGAUGCUGAUCGACAGCGACGAGGAAGGAGACUCCAAUACCACCACCCAGUCAGAACAGAGGGAAGAGAAACUACAGUUGUUCUGGGCCUACAUCCAGGCUAUGCUGACCAACCUGGAGACCAUGACCCUGGAGCGCAUCCACUCCAUGCUCCGGAUGUUCGUUGCCACGGGACCCGUUGUCACAGAGAUGGAUGUGAAUGAGCUGCAGGGCUUCCUGCAGAGGAAAGUGCGAGAACAUCAGCUCAUCUUGUCCGCAGGUGUCUACAGACUGCCAAAGUCCACCAACUGAUGGGGAGAAGAGAUGAGGAGGAGGAAAGAGGUAGAACUGAAAAACGGAGGUAUCUGAUUUGUUUUCUAAAUGUACAUGAUGCAGCAUUGCAGCCAGAGACUACAGUUUCCCAGAUGAACCUGUUCAGGAAUAGGUUUGGAAGGCAACUGAAAACGCCAAGCAUUGUGCGGAUUACUAUGUCUUACAAUACAAAUGGCUAUAAUGAGCAUGAACCAAUCAUUCUCUCUUUAUUGUUGAUCAUCCACGUUGCUUGACUUUGUUUCGGACUGCUUGUCAUGACUUUUGGGGACUCCGAAUCAUACACAGUUUUUCAGCAUAUUGAAUUGACAUGUGUUUGGAUUUUGUCAUUUGGGGUUCCCUUUGGAUAACAUUACAAUUGCCUGAGCUAAUAAAACAUUGAUUAUUAUGUA